CCCGACUUGCCCACCAUGCCGCCGCCGGAGUCCCCCUUCGAGGACCACCAGCCCAGCCCCAGCCCCAGCCCCAGCCCCAGCCCCAGCCCCACGGAGGAGGAAUUCCAGUUCCUGUGCUGCCAGUGCUGCAAGGCCGAAGCCAAGUGCCCCAAGUUGCUGCCUUGUCUGCACACACUGUGCUCAGGAUGCCUGGAGGCAGCGGGCGUGCACUGCCCCAUCUGCCAGGCACCCAGGUCCCCGGGUGCUGAUGCGCAGGCCCUGGAUAACGUUUUCUUCGAGAGUCUGCAGCGGCGCCUGUCGAUGUACCGGGAGAUUGUGAGCCUCCAUGCGGCCUGCACCCGCUGCAAAGAGCCUGCGGACUUCUGGUGCUUCGAGUGUGAGCAGCUCAUCUGCACCAAGUGCUUUGAGGCGCACCAGUGGUUUGUUAAGCACGAGGCCCGACCCCUGGCCAGUCUCCGAAGCCAGUCGGUGCACGAGUUCCUGGACGGCUCACGCAAGUCCAACAACAUCUUCUGCUCCAACUCCAAGCACCACACCCCUGAGCUGACAAGCAUCUACUGCCGAGGCUGCUCCAAACCCCUGUGCUGCUCGUGUGCACUCCUGGACACAGGCCAUAGCGAGCUCAAAUGCGACAUCCGUGCAGAGAUCCAGCAGCGGCAGGAGGAGCUGGACACCAUGACGCAGGCGCUGCAGGAGCAGGACGGAGUCUUCGGUGCGGCGCACGCGCAGAUGCGCUCGGCCAUCGGCCAGUUAGACCGCGCGCGCGCUGACACCGAGGAACUGAUUCGAGCGCGCGUGCGCCAGGUCGUAGCGCACGUGCAGAUGCAGGAGCACAAACUGAUCCAGAGCCUGAAGGCGCGGUACCAGAGUGAAUCCGAAGAGAUGACCCGCCGCCUGAGCCGCCUGGACGCCGUGCUACAGCGCAUCCGCACGGGUGGCGCGCUCGUGCAGAGGAUGAAGCGCUAUGCCUCGGACCAGGAGGUGCUGGACAUGCACAGCUUUCUGCGUGAGGCGCUCCACCGCCUGCGCCAGGAGGAGCCCCAGAGCCUGCAAGCCCCCGUACCCACCAACAGCUUUGACGAGUUCAAGGUUCGCCUGCGGGAUCUGGUAUCUUGCAUCACCCAGGGCACAGAUGCAGCUCUACCCAGGAGAGCCAGCCCAGAGGCUGCCAGCACUCCCAGGAACUCUUUUGACGUUGAUCUGCCAGAGGAGGCACAGAGGGCUCAGGCGCAGGUCAUGGGGCUGAGUGAGGCCCAGCCGAUGGCUGUGGUACAGCAAGAGCCCGGGGCACACCCUGUGCCCAUGUAUGCGUUCUCCAUCAAAGACCCCUCCUAUCGAGAGGAGGCCCCCAGCCCACUCACACCCCAAAAGAGGAAAUCCUGCCAGACCGAGGGCCCCAGGAAAAUCAUCAAGUUGGAGUCUGAGGAGGAGAAGGAAGAAAGGCUGGCCCGGAGCUCCCCUGAGCAGCCCAGGCCCAGCACCUCCAAGGCAGUCUCGCCACCCCACCUGGAUGAACCCCCUAGCCUCGGGAGCCCCGACACUGGAAACAAGGUCCUCCUGCUCAACAACAACCAUGUGACCAGCGAGCCUGGGGAGGAGGCAGAGGAGCGCGUCGUGGUGAUCAGCAGCUCAGAAGACUCAGAUGCAGAAAAUUCGUCCUCCCGAGAGCUGGAUGAUAGCAGCAGCGAGUCCAGUGACCUCCAGCUGGAGGGCCCCAGCACCCUCAGGGUCCUGGACGAGAGCCUCGCCGAUCCCCAAGCAGAAGACAGGCCCCUGGUUUUCUUUGACCUCAGGAUUGACAAUGAAACCCAGAAGAUUAGCCAGCUGGCGGCCGUGAACCGGGAAAGCAAGUUCCGUGUGCUCAUCCAGCCCAAGGCCUUCUUCAGCAUCUACUCAAAGGCUGUGUCCCUGGAGGUGGGCCUGCGGCACUUCCUCCGCUUCCUGGGCUCCAUGCGCCGCCCCAUUCUGGCCUGCUAUAAGCUGUGGGGGCCCAGCCUCCCCUACUUCUUCCAGGCCCUGGAGGACAUGAACAGCCUGUGGGAAUUCCAGGAGGCCAUCUCGGGCUUCCUGGCCACCCUGCCCCUGAUCCGGGAGUGUGUACCCGGGGCCAGCAGCUUCAAACUCAAGAGCCUGGCCAAGACCUACCUGGCAAGAAACGUGAACGACCACAGUGCCCUGGCCUCCGUGCUCGCCAUGCGCGACCUGUGCCACCUCCUUGAGGUCUUCCCAGGCCCCUCGCUGGCCCAGCAUGUCUACUCUUUCAGCGACCUGCAGUGCUUUGCGUCCCUGCAGCCCCUGGUGCGAGCGGCUGUCCUGCCCCGGGCCAACGCCCGCCUUCUGGCCCUGCACAAUGUGAGCUUUGUGGAGCUGCUGGCUGCCCACCGCUGUGACCCGAAGUGGGGCUUAAAGAAGUAUAGCCGGUACCUGAGCCUGCAGGCCGCUCCUGCACUGCCCGCCCAGCCUGCUCUGGACCUGCAGGCUCUCAGCGCCUACUUUGCAACCCUGUUGGCACAGGGGGAGGGCAUCUCUGCCCCACCCUCCGGCCAUAGCUUGGUAGAACGGGCCUCCCAGCAGAACUGA